UCUCCAAGAACACGCCCCUUCCGUGGCGGCGGCCGGAAAGAGCUUCCGUUUCCGACAGCGUGGGUACUGGUUCUCGGCGACAGGAUGGCGGCAGGCGGUAGCGAUCCGCGCUCUGGAGAUGUAGAGGAGGACGCAUCACAACUCAUCUUUCCCAAAGAGUUUGAAACAGCUGAGACGCUUCUGAAUUCGGAAGUUCAUAUGCUUCUUGAGCAUCGAAAGCAGCAGAAUGAGAGCGCAGAGGAUGAGCAGGAACUUUCCGAGGUCUUCAUGAAAACUUUAAAUUACACUGCCCGUUUCAGUCGUUUCAAAAACAGAGAGACCAUUGCCAGUGUCCGUAGCUUGCUGCUCCAGAAGAAGCUUCAUAAGUUUGAGUUGGCCUGUUUAGCCAACCUUUGUCCAGAGACUGCUGAGGAGUCCAAGGCUCUGAUCCCAAGCCUGGAGGGGCGGUUUGAAGAUGAGGAGCUACAGCAGAUUCUUGAUGACAUCCAGACCAAGCGUAGCUUUCAGUAUUAAUCUCCAGAUACCACUGCUGCUGGGGACCCACGUCACAUCCCCAGCACAGCGCCGCUGGCUCAGUCUAGGGCUGACUCGCACAGAAACUCUGUUGCAGAAGACACUUGGCCUUCCUUUGGAUAGAACAACCCAGUGCUUCGUCUUGGUUUAGGUUGCUAUUUCAAGCUUGACUGUUGGCCAGUGAUGACCUGUACAACCCUGGAGAGGCCUUGCAGUAGCUGCUCGUGGCUGCCUGAGCUUGCCUCUGGGAAGGACGAGGUGGGGUGAUGUGCAUACAAGCCGCACUACCGACUGCCUCAUAUCAUGGUCUUUGGCCCUUGUGUUAUUUUGAUUCCUAACACUUCAUGUUUUAAUAUCAAUGUGUUCGUAGUUUUUUAAGCUCUUCUAGAACAUGUAAAACUAGUAUGGGAAACAGUCUUACCUAAAUGCAAAAGGAAGAAUUAAAGCAGACCUAUAUCA